CUAUAGUUGUCAUGGUGAAUGAUUCUGCCAUCUCACAAGAACUACAAGGAAACGAGAGCUGGGAAACUUGUCAAGAGAAUAGGGAUUUGAAUUCAUCAACAGAAGGAGAGACAGAAGGAGAAUUUUCCUGGGAUACCCAGACGCAAGAGCUUCUUCUCGCUGGGUUCUUCUAUGGCUAUUUAGUAACCCAAAUCCCAGGCGGAUGGCUGUGUGACCGGUUUGGUAUGAAGUGGGUGUUCGGUUUCGGGAUGCUUCUUUCAAGCGUAUGUACCCUUCUCGGACCGGUAGCGACCUACGGUGGGACCGGGUGGUAUUUCGCAUCCCGUUUCUUCGCUGGAUUGGGAGAGGGAGUCACUUUCCCGUCAAUGAUGGCCGCGUGGUCCAGAUGGGCGCACCCCAGUGAACGCAGUCGCCUUGCUGUCAGCGGGUUUCUAGGUUUUAACUUCGGAAAUGCUAUUGGAAAUGCACUGACGGGAUAUUUAAUCAGCUUCGACAUAGCGGGUGGCUGGCCAUUCCCUUUUUACAUAUAUGGAUCUCUUGGAUGUUUGUCGUUCAUUGUUUGGUGUUUUGUUGGGUAUAGCUCCCCAAGUGAGCAUCCCUGGAUAUCUCGAGAAGAACGGGACUACCUAGAAGACGGUCUCAAACUACAAAACAAGCGACAGCGGUCUGUGCCAUGGGGUUCGAUCCUCAGCUCUGGAGCGAUGUGGGUCUUUGUAUGUGCCCAUUUUGGCCAAUCGUGCGGGUUAUUUACAUUACUUGUCAACUUACCUCUAUACUACAGCGAUGGUAUCAGGGUACCCUUAGAAUUGGCUGGUCUAUAUUCAGGGCUCCCGUAUAUUAUGCAAAUCGUCGGCAUGGUCUUAUACAGCCGAGUAGCUGACUGGAUAUUCAUUCGCGGGUUUCUGACCAAAUUGACGAAUAGGAAGCUGGCUACUGGGCUUGGAGUAGGUUUAUGCGUCCUCUUGCUUAUCUUUGCCGGCUUCGCGAAAUGUAACGUGGCCCUCUCUGUGACAUUUGUAUCUCUGGCGAUGGGGGCGGUAGGUAUCGCCUUCUCGGGGCAUUUCGUGGCCCUGCUAGAUGUCUCGGGUCCGUUUGCCGGGUCUUGCAUGGGCAUGAUGAACACAGGAGGCACCCUUGGGGGCAUUGUCGGUCCCUAUAUUGUGGGUGUGGUCACUGGAAACCAGUCUGACAUCAGAGGCUGGCAGAAUGUUAUGUGGAUCGUCGCAGGCAUCUACGCUUUUGGAGGGCUUUCGUUUGUCAUCUUUGGUACCGUCACCUUACAGUCAUGGGCUAGAACAGAUUCCGAGGUUAAAGAAGACCACGUCGAUAAUGAUGAAUACGAUGUUUUUGUCAGCUAGGGACUGAAACUCACAUCAGCCAUGUUUUUUUUAAGCAACAGUCUUUGUCAUUUCGGGUAUUUGUGAUGUACGUAAUAGAUAAAUAAAUUUUGUCUUAUUUUACGGAAAAGGGCUAUGGUACCCCGACGUAGAAAUGCAACCUUCGUUAUAUAAUCAUAAUGAUAGUAAUGAUCGAUUAUAAUAUGCAAUAGAACACAGGCUCGUGUCAAUAAAGCCACUCAAAAGGUAUUUAAAUGUAUUGGUAUAUCAUACAGAUUAAAGAUUCGUUU